CGCAAGGAGGGUGUUCUAAACGGGUAGUAGUACGAAGUUUACUAGUAAUCAAUGACGCGACAUAGUAUACUUAAAACUACUUGAAGACCAUUAGCGUGGAAUGUGUUAAAUUGACCGAUAGAAAAUAAUGUUGUAUUCAAUUCGACCAAAUAAUCGAACAAUUCAAACUGUUAAUUAAUGGUUAACAAUGACAGCCAUACACGUUUGACCAAAAAAGUAACAACUUAUGUCGAGUGGCAGUAAAAUACAAAUGCUCCACUGGCUGUUGCAUUAUUAGAUUCUGUUAAUAGGGCAGCCAUAAAACAUGUCAAUCUAAAGAACUAGUGGAGUAGCAAUGGGUGAAACGACUUUGUGAUAUAAUUGUAGUCAAAUUAAAAUGACAGUGUGUGUAAAAUGGAGUGAGCAUUUUUGUGCACUGCGAACGAUGGAUACGUUAAAUUUAAAGCACAUCGUGACUUCCGAUCAAAAAUGUGAAGAAGAACAAACUUAAAUAUGGGUAGCCAAGGAGUUGGGGACAUUCCAACAAUAUUUCAUCCCCAACAAAUUCAUGCUCCAAGUAUUAUUCUUGGAGAUGGUCAGCAGAACCAUGGCCCUCAAAGCACCAGUGGUCAACUUACUCGUGACAAUUCUGGCUGUGAACAGCAACAAGGAUGUAGCAUUAGCGGUGGCCGAGAUUCCGUGCCAAGUUGUCGGCCAUUGGAUACAAGCGGAAGCGGAACUGGAGGUGGAGGUACAGAUAAUCAAGGACAUGGUAUAGGUCAAACUCAAGUUCAGUCCCAUGUAACAGCACCUCCAGUUACUUACCAUCACAGAUCUAAUUCUUUAUCCACAUGUUAUGCAUCCUGUUGUGCAGAAUCUGCAAAAAAGAUAUAUUUUGGAGUGUGUGUUACAAUAUGUGUCACAGCAAGUUGGGUUGGUGCUACACACUGUAUCAAAUAUUUAUAUUUUCACAAACAUGAAACUCCUAAUUAUUCGUCGUUUUCUAAUUCAUCCAUUACAGGACGUCAUCAGCAUACGGUUCCAUAUAACGCGCCAUUUUUUACGACCUGGUUUUGUACAAAUUGGGAAAUCCUUUACUUCCCAGUUUAUUUUCUUUGCCAAUCUAUAAGGAUAAAAUGUAAUACUCCAUCAGAAAUAAUCGCGGAGAGUUUACGAGGUUUCCGUGAUAAAGGAUUCACUGGUGGUCGUUUUUUGAUCAGAUGUAGUCUUUUUUGUGGACUCUGGGUAGUUACAAAUUACAUGUAUAUUUAUUCGCUCAGGAUACUACUAGCCACCGAUGUAAUGGCACUGUUCGCGACGAACGUCUCUUGUGUCUAUUUAUUAUCGUGGGUUAUUCUUCACGAACAAUUUGUCGGUGUAAGGAUAGUAGCAGUGAUUUUAUGCAAUACUGGAAUUGCACUUUUAGCGUACAUGGAUGGUAUAACCGGAAGUCCAACAUUAGGUGGUGUAGUUUUGGCAACAUCCGCGGCAGCCGGAUCAGCAGUUUACAAGGUGCUGUUUAAAAAAGUAAUAGGAGAGACAACAUUCGGCCAAAUGUCAUUAUUUUUUUCUCUUAUUGGAUUAUGCAAUGCAGCUCUGUUAUGGCCAAUUUGUUUGGCUCUUUAUUUCUCGGGAGCAGAAAGCGUACACUGGGGACGAUUACCAUGGACAACGUUGCUUUCAGCAAGUAUUCUACAUCUAGUUGCAAACAUGCUUGGUAACUUCAGCAUUGCUCUAACGUAUGAUCUAUUCAUCACGUUGGGGUUGAUCACAGCAGUACCUGUAUCCGCUGCGUUGGAUGUACUUCUGUACGGGGCCCAUUUCAUGGGAAUGAAACUAGCAGGAAUGAUCUUUAUAGCGGUUGGAUUCUUCCUCGUGAUGUUCCCGGAUAAUUGGCCAGAUUACAUAACCAGACUACUCCGAUGGAGUAGAAGACACGGACACGGUGUACCGGGAGGUACGCAACGCGAUGUCAUCGAUUAUCGCACUGGCUACAUUAAAUCUCAUCUUCGAUCACCUUCCGGAAGAGUUCGGUGACUAUAUGCACUGUCGAUUCGAUUAAACACAACAUUCGUUUGCCAAACGAAUAUUUGGAUGUUCGUAACGUUCGCGUUCCAAAAUUCAACGUGUCUCGACAGUAUCGUCAAGAAAGUAGCAAUAGGAAGAAAGAAAAAAUAAUAGCACGAGAAAGAACUUUUAACGCGUUCGUUGCCGGCAUGCGAGGCACACGAUGAAUGCCGAACAUUCCCGAACGGCAACGAACGUAUUAACUAAUUGUAAAUGCAUACACACACACUCAUACUCACUCACAAACACACACAAAAUUCAUUUUAUUUCAAAGAUUAUGUACCGUUCCCGUAAAACUUUUUAAAGUGUAUCGUCGUCUUUCUUCGACAACUUUUAAUCUCGACGCAAAUGUGAAAUUUAAACUGUUCAAAAUUAAACAGGUUCAAUUCCACAUUUUUUAAAAUUAUAAAAUUACUAUGCGCUCGCUCAAAGUCCUCUAUACAUGCUCGAGAAUCAUUUUCCUAAUUUUGUUGAACAGUGUUUAUUAGUUGAUCGAUCUGUAGCGGGAUUUCUUUCUUUUGAGGAACUUCAAGCAAGCGUAUAGACAGAAUUUACUAUAUCAUAGGGACAACGUUAUACGUAUAAAAUGUUAUGCAACAACAUAUGUACUUAAUAUGUUCAAAUGCAUCAUUUAAACUAAUUUAUUUCUUAGACUAGUCAACAAAGAGAACGUUUAAUUUAUACUUCAAUUAAAUUUAUAAUACAAAAUUGAAUAAAUAUCUCUGUUGAAUUUAUUUUGUAAUAUAAUCUAAGAUGAAUUUAACAAAGUAAAUAACGUACGCACCCGCUCACUUACUACUUAAAUAACCUGUAGAGAUUAUGACGAAAAAUUAUGAUUUCGUUAAAAGAAAAAAGAGAAAGGGGAAAGUACAAAAGCUAGUCGGAGACGAAAUUAAAAUAUUAAACAUCACGUUUUCGUUUUGAAAAAUUUCAUUAAUAGAGUAGUGCCGUUUAAUCGUCGCAGAAUUUUACUUUGAUUUAAUUACCUAUAUCGUAAAAAUUUCAACUAUUCGAUCGAAAUAAUUGUUACGUAUAGUAAUCAAUGAAAAAAUAGGUAAAUCUAAUUAAUUAAUUAAUUCGUUGAUCUUCGAUCAGGGACAAUAAAUCACGUGGAGGCAAGCUUGCCGAAUAGUCCAUGAUAUCGUAGUAGAUAAUUCCACGUCAAUUAUAUAAAUAGACAAAUGUUGCGUUGCGGCAAUUAAAUAAGCACUACCACGACUGUGCAUAUUUCGUGUAUUCGGAAACUUGAGUCAAUUACUCGAGUUAACUAUUUACAUAUGUACGUGUAUUUAUAUCGAGCAAACAUAUUGUGAAAUUAAUCAUUUCGGUAAGUUUCAAUUCCAUUUCGUCGAAUCACGACGAAUAAAUAAUCUUGUAUUGUAAUUAUUUGGAAAGUAAUGAAAUAUACGUAAACGCGUACCACUUCGUAUAUUUACUUCUUGUUCACUUUCUCAAUUAUACUAUACUUUAUAAUUACAUUUACUUUAACUUUUUUAUUUGUUUAAGAAUUAUGACUCAUUUGUAGUACAUAGAUACUUUUAUUUUAUCAAUAAACAAGAAGCUUGUUUUCAUCUUAUAAAAUAGAAGGAAGCGAUAUCUUACGUUUCCUCUUUCAAAUUUUCUAGCGCCAGUAUUGAUAUACGAUAGAUCGAUAAGAAUAGUCGACCUACAAACACGUGACCUGUAACUUGUAAAGACAAUCAGCUAUACUAUGUAUGUAUGCAUUUAUAUACAGAGUACUUGAUAAUAGAUGAGAGAAACUUUAAGGGGUGAUUCCAAAGGUCAAAAUAAGACAAAAAUCAAGAAUCAUGAAAUAGCAUUCGAGGCUUUGUUUUCUAGUUAUUAAUAUUAUAAAAUUCGAGCGCCUGGAACCGGCAAUCUGCGCAGCAUCGAUGGUUGAAGCAUCAGGCACUUUUUACUCGAACCUCAAACACCAUUUCGUUAUUCUUGAUUUUCAUCUAUUUUGACCUCUAAAAUCACCCCUUUAAUUUUUUCCACUAUUAUGGAACAUUCUGUAUAUAAUAGAAGUAGAUUAAAUAAGGAAAAUUUUUCUUUAAAUAUUAGGUAUAUCUGUGCAGCAUAAAACUAUUACUUUAUUAUAUUGCUUUCUAAUUUACUUACGCAAUUCUAAUGCUAUUUUUACCAUCUUUUAAAAUAGCAAUUAUUAACAAUUUAAUAUAAUUGAUUAAAGGGAAUCUAUUAUUUAUCAAAGUGUUCUUAUCAAACGGAAAGUAUCGCCGAUUUUUAAUUUACGUUAUAAAAACAAAGAUUGGUGAUUUCGCUCAAUUAAAUGAUAUAUAUAGCCAUGUGUACUACUUAAUUACUAUCAACUUGUAACUCAAUGUUACUACUGUCUAAGAAUGUAACCGAUAAGUACGUAAAAUCAAAACGUGUAAUGACUUUGCAUGAUUAAGUAUCUCUAAGGAUGUAAAUAAACAGUGAAUACAUUAGCAACAUGUUACACAUUCAAAGAUCUAUCUGUUACAAAUGUUGUAAGAGAUAAGUAUAAAGUAUAAACAAAAAGGCAUUAUACUUAAAAUAUUUAAGUAUAUGUAUGUAUAUACUGUAGCGAUGUAUUUAAUAAAAUGCAUAGCGAAUUUUAAACGUU